GUGUGUGUCAGAGGAGAAAGAUACGUGGACAGAACAGAAAAGUGUCGGCAAACACUUUGGCAAGUAAAAGCACAGACAGGACAUUAAAAGAAAAAAAUCAAACUGCUGAAUCCAACGGUCAAAGGUCAGAUAUAUCACGUGGCUGACACCAGGAAAUUUAGAUGUGGUUACAAUCCCCGGUCACUUCCCUUCUCUAUACAAACGAGCAGAAACAAGGAUUUCUCGACUUCAAUGAGCUGCCAUAUCAAAGAUGAUAAGAAACACAGAGCAACAUGUACUUCCCAAUGUCUCUACAAUUGAGGACUGUCAAGAGACAUUCUCAGUGGACCUUUUCCUGCACCUUUCCCUCAUUCCAGCAGUCCUGAUUACAGGGGUGCUGUCGUUUCUUCAGAGACGAGCACAGAGACUGUCCAUCGACCACAGACUGCCUUUUCUAAAUGGACGCUUUGGCAUUGUGGUGCCUUUAGAUACAAUAGGUAGCCUCAGUAACCGUUGGUCUUAUGGCUUUGCAUAUGGUGCAGUGUCAAGCAGCGUUCUGUUGCUAUUUUCUGAGCGAUACAUCCCCUUCACGCUGCCACCCUGGGCCAGAGCAAUAGUGUAUCUUAUUGGGGCGUUAGAAGUGGGUCUGGUGUAUUUCCCGUUUUUUGCCUGUCUGUCCACACCAUUCAGAAUGACCGGGGCAGUACUGGGAAUACUCUACUCUGCAGCCUGGAUUUUGAUCACAGUCUGGGAUACAGCCACCUGUCCCAGGGGAGAGGUUUUGGGUAAAUACCAGAAGUUAAUAUCCCAGUGGCCCCGCAUCCUCUCGCUUGUCUUCCUUCUUGGACGAUUUAUUUACAUACUGGUUAAAGAUGUGCGCCUGCGUCUGCAACUGGAACCAGAGGAUAUUGAAGAGCUGGUCGGUCAACACCAGUCAAAGCAUGUCAGCCGGCUACUGAGUAGAACACCUGAACACAGUAAACCUCUGAGCUGGUUCCAAAGACGAGUUUAUGAAUGGGACCCUUACUUCAAGUUUCCAAACAGGAUCAUUGGCACAGCCAUUAUAUCCCUUAUAGGCCUAUAUACGAUGACACUAGCAGACUACAGUGUCAGUGAUGUUGCCUUUGACCAAGUUGAAGACUGGAAGAAUACACUAAAGGAGGUUGUUAGUUCUUGUAACCAGACGCAAGCUUUGGGAUACAUGAUACCACAGUUGGAAGAGUUCAUCGACGUGGCCAGGAAGUCUUGGUUGGCCACCACCAUCUUUGCCAGUCUCAACUCCGUUGCUUACACCUUCCAUAUCUUGGCAUGUUACAGGAAACACUUAAAGAGACUGUGGAAGGGUCAGAAAGGCUUUCUUCCAGAGAGGUUCCACAACCCUAAGUCUGCAGUCAGUGUUGCUUCCAUUGCAAGAUACUCUGGAUGGCAAAUAGCUUUCACACUAUGGGGCUACCUGAUUGUUCAUUUUGUCCACUUCCUGAUUGCCUUGCUCUUUGUCUACUUGCUGGUUCUUCCCAUACAGCAUGGAAGAGUACUGGCCAUGCUGUCAAACAUGGGACUCAUUUUUCUGACCAUUGGGAUGGUGAUCGGCUUGGUGAUUCUCCAGGUAGUUCUGGUUCAGAUCUUUUUUCUUCAGGAUAAAAUGUCUCCCACUGAUAAGGAGAAACCUCUGGCUCUCAACAACAGGAAGGCCUUCCACUGCUUCAACUACUUCUUCUUUUUCUACAAUGUGGUGAUGGGGAUCAGCACCUGCAUAGUCCGGCUGCUGCUUAGCCUUGUGGUUGGAACGUGGCUGGUGUCCCGCAUCGACAGAACCAUAAUGCAGAGGGGAUAUGAAAACCUGGAUGCCGGCUACAGUACAUGGGUGGGGAUGAUCUUUGCCGACCAUUAUCACAACAACCCAGUCAUGGUGUGUUUCUGCCAGCUUCUGGUUUCAAGCACAAUAGAGAAACACAAUGCGACCAUAUACUCCUCAUUUGAAAAUGCUCAAUCAGUGUCCCCCGUCAACAGCCGAGCCAGGAGGCGCUGGGUGUUGCUUUACACCUUGUUGAAGAACCCUCCUUUGAUUCUACGCAGAAAACACCAUCUCUCUGCAGCAGCAUCAUCAUCACCAACCCAGACAGAGACAGAAGUCCGGGCUUGGCUCAUGGCAUCACAAACACAGAACCACCAAUUGGCACCACAGGCAACAGGAGAAAUUCUAGUCACCACAGAGGAAGACUGUUGAAAUAUAAAACUCUGUGUGGCUCUUUAGAAAUUUAGGCUGUUAAACAAACUGGAUCACUUACAGUUGUGACA